AUGAUGCUUCACCACGUCUACUUCAAUUCAGAAUCGUUUGAGGUCUCCAAGCUAGCGAACAACCACAGGAUGUUUCGCUUCACUGUGCGGUUAGCUACAGGUGCUUGCGUUGCUGCUACGAUGUUCGAUGUGAUUGGUCAUCCAGCUGUCGUAACUGGAGCUUCUAUGUCACCGACACUAGAAGGAUCAGAUGCUCGAUGGUGGCAUAGGGACCUUGUCUGGCUCACUCCAUGGGGUGUACAAAAACCCCAUACUGGAGACGUUAUUACAUUUGUUUCACCACGGGAGCCCGACAAAGUUCACAUAAAACGUGUGACAGCAGUGGAGGGGGAUAUAGUAAGGCCAAAACACAGAAACGAGCUACUACUGGUCCCUAAAGGUUGCUGUUGGAUGGAGAGCGAUAACCCUGUGAACGCCAAUGACAGCAAUAUAUAUGGCCCCGUAAGUCGUGGGCUGAUGAAGAAUCGUGCAACGCACGUGAUAUGGCCGCCGAGUAGAUGGCAAAGAUUAUGA